AUGUUCCGCCCCUCGCGCCCCGCCCCUUCUCGGCCGGCCCGAGCACAGCCUGCGCAACACACUCUUAACUCUCAUCCUGCCCGGACCCCGCCUCCUGUCCUGACCCCGCCUCCUGUCCUGACUCCGCCUCCUGCCUUGACCCCGCCUCCUGCCCUGACCCCGCCUCCUGCCCUGACCCCGCCUCCUGCCCUGACCCCGCCUCCUGCCCUGACCCCGCCUCCUGCCCUGACCCCGCCUCCUGCCCUGACCCCGCCUCCUGCCCUGACCCCGCCUCCUGCCCUGACCCCGCCUCCUGCCCUGACCCCGCCUCCUGCCCUGACCCCGCCUCCUGCCCUGACCCCGCCUCCUGCCCUGACCCCGCCUCCUGCCCUGACCCCGCCUCCUGCCCUGACCCCGCCUCCUGCCCUGACCCCGCCUCCUGCCCUGACCCCGCCUCCUGCCCUGACCCCGCCUCCUGCCCUGACCCCGCCUCCUGCCCUGACCCCGCCUCCUGCCCUGACCCCGCCUCCUGCCCUGACCCCGCCUCCUGCCCUGACCCCGCCUCCUGCCCUGACCCCGCCUCCUGCCCUGACCCCGCCUCCUGCCCUGACCCCGCCUCCUGCCCUGACCCCGCCUCCUGCCCUGACCCCGCCUCCUGCCCUGACCCCGCCUCCUGCCCUGACCCCGCCUCCUGCCCUGACCCCGCCUCCUGCCCUGACCCCGCCUCCUGCCCUGACCCCGCCUCCUGCCCUGACCCCGCCUCCUGCCCUGACCCCGCCUCCUGCCCUGACCCCGCCUCCUGCCCUGACCCCGCCUCCUGCCCUGACCCCGCCUCCUGCCCUGACCCCGCCUCCUGCCCUGACCCCGCCUCCUGCCCUGACCCCGCCUCCUGCCCUGACCCCGCCUCCUGCCCUGACCCCGCCUCCUGCCCUGACCCCGCCUCCUGCCCUGACCCCGCCUCCUGCCCUGACCCCGCCUCCUGCCCUGACCCCGCCUCCUGCCCUGACCCCGCCUCCUGCCCUGACCCCGCCUCCUGCCCUGACCCCGCCUCCUGCCCUGACCCCGCCUCCUGCCCUGACCCCGCCUCCUGCCCUGACCCCGCCUCCUGCCCUGACCCCGCCUCCUGCCCUGACCCCGCCUCCUGCCCUGACCCCGCCUCCUGCCCUGACCCCGCCUCCUGCCCUGACCCCGCCUCCUGCCCUGACCCCGCCUCCUGCCCUGACCCCGCCUCCUGCCCUGACCCCGCCUCCUGCCCUGACCCCGCCUCCUGCCCUGACCCCGCCUCCUGCCCUGACCCCGCCUCCUGCCCUGACCCCGCCUCCUGCCCUGACCCCGCCUCCUGCCCUGACCCCGCCUCCUGCCCUGACCCCGCCUCCUGCCCUGACCCCGCCUCCUGCCCUGACCCCGCCUCCUGCCCUGACCCCGCCUCCUGCCCUGACCCCGCCUCCUGCCCUGACCCCGCCUCCUGCCCUGACCCCGCCUCCUGCCCUGACCCCGCCUCCUGCCCUGACCCCGCCUCCUGCCCUGACCCCGCCUCCUGCCCUGACCCCGCCUCCUGCCCUGACCCCGCCUCCUGCCCUGACCCCGCCUCCUGCCCUGACCCCGCCUCCUGCCCUGACCCCGCCUCCUGCCCUGACCCCGCCCCCUCCCCUGACCCCGCCUCCUGCCCUGACCCCGCCUCCUGCCCUGACCCCGCCUCCUGCCCUGACCCCGCCUCCUGCCCUGACCCCGCCUCCUGCCCUGACCCCGCCUGUUGUGAUGCACCGGGGGAAGAGGUAA